GACCUGCUCUGAUUGGUGGGAUCAUCUAGCCGGGGCUCAGGUGACAUCACACUGGUGGGAAUUUAAAAAUGAGAAAAAAAACAUGAACUGUUGCAUUGCAACACUCCAACCUUAAGUGAUUAAAUAAGUCUGAGCUGCUCAUAGGAUGGACGAUGUCAGAAUAAAGACAUCCAAGAAGAAAUCCAUUGAGUAUCAUGAGGUCUAUUCAGAAAUUGGUACCGUCACAUCAACCGCGGAUCUCGACAGCUCGUAUAAACCAUUUGCGGAUGUUUCCAGCGCAGAAGGCAACUCGCUAUUGUCGACCAGCCGACACAUCCCUCCCCAUUACCCAACUCCUACUCGAAGGCGACACCGCACAACAUUCAGUCAAGAGCAACUGGAUCAUUUGGAGACAGCCUUUAGUAAGAACCAUUACCCAGAUAUCUACUGUCGGGAGGAGCUGGCCAAGAUCACUAAACUAAACGAGGCCAGAAUACAGGUGUGGUUUCAGAACCGUAGAGCAAAGCACCGCAAGCACGAGAGGACAUCGCAGAAAUGCACAGUGCCGAGCAGCAUGUUAACCUGCGGCAGCCUCAUGUCCGGCAUGUGUUCCAUGUCCCCUCCUUCUCGCCAGUACCAAUAUCCCCAUGCUCUCAACCAUAUUCCACGCUUCUCAUCCAUGUCCUCUGCAGGGUAUCACCCCCCAUCAGCCGUCAGUCAGUUCACCUGCCCAAGCAAUCACCCCCACUUGCAGCCCACCGGCCCCCCAUCUCGGCAGCAUGACGACUGGUACAAUUCCCUUCGCUCCAUCAGUUCUCCUGGCACCGGCCUGUCCUCCUCUAUGAUCACUUUAACUCCAGUCACUGCUCUCGACCCCUCCACUCACUGGAAUUAA